AUGUACUGGAGGUCCUGGAAUCCUAGAAGAUUGGACAGGGAUCCUGUGAGUAUUGGAGGUCCUAGGAAUCCUGAAAGACCCUGCAGGGAUCGGACUGGAGGUCCUAGGAAUCUUGGGAGACCCAGCAAGAAUCCUGUAGGUACUGGAAUUCAUAUGAAUUUUGGAAGUCUCAGCUGGGAUCCUGUGAGUACUGGAGGUCCUAGAAAUCCUAGAAGACCCAGUAGGGAUCCUGAGGGUACUGGAGUGCUUAGGUAUCCUGGAAGUCCCAGCUGCAAUCCUGUGAGUACUGGAGGUCCUAAGAACACUGGAAUACCUGCCAAGGAUCUUCUGGGUACUGGAGGACCUAGAAAUCCUGGAAGACCCGGCAGGGAUCCUGUGGGUACUGGAAGUCCUAGGAACAAUGGAAGACCUGGCAGGGAUCUGGUGGGUACUGGAGGUCCUAGAAAUCCUGGGAGACCCGGCAGGGAUCCUGAGGGCACUGGAGUGCUUAGGUAUCCUGGAAGUCCCAUCUGCAAUCCUGUGAGUACUGGAGGUCCUAUGAACACUAGAAUACCUCCCAAGGAUCUUCUGGGUACUGGAGGACCUAGAAAUCCUGGAAGACCCAGCAGGGAUCUUGUGGGUACUGGAGGUCCUAGGAACACUGGAAUAACUGCCAAGCAUCUUCUGGGUACUGGAGGACCUAGAUAUCCUGGAAGACCCAGCAGGAAUCCUGUGGGUACUGAAGGUCCUAGGAACACUGGAAGACCUGGCAGAAAUCCUGUGGGUACUGGAGAUCCUAGGAACACUAGAAGACCUGGCAGGGAUCCUGUGGGUACUGGAGUUCCUAGGAACACUGGAUUACCUGCCAAGGAUCUUCUGGGUACUGGAGGACCUAGAAAUCCUGGAAGACCCGGCAGGGAUUCUGUGGGUACUGGAGAUCCUAGGAACACUGGAAGACCCGGCAGGGAUCCUGUGGGUACUGGAGGUCAUAGGAACACUGGAAGACCUGGCAGGGAUCCUGUGAGUACUGUAGGUCCUAGGAACACUGGAAUACCUGUCAAUGAUCUUCUGGCUACUGGAGGAUCUAGAAAUCCUGGGAGACCCAGCAGGGAUCCUGUGGGUGCUGGAGGUCCUAGGAACACUGGAAGAACUGGCAGGGAUCCUGUGGGUACUGGAGGUCCUAGGAACAAUGGAAGACCUGGCAGGGAUCCUGUGGGUACUGGAGGUCCUAGAAAUCCUGGGAGACCUGGCAGGGAUCCUGUGGGUACUGGAGGUUCUAGGAACACUGGAAGACCCGGCAGGGAUCCUGUGGGUACUGGAGGUCCUAGGAACACUGGAAGACCUGGCAGGGAUCCUGUGGGUACUGGAGGUCCUAGGAACACUGGAAGACCUGGCAGGGAUCCUGUGGGUACUGGAGGUCCUAGAAAUCCUCGGAGACCCAGCAGGGAUCCUGUGGGUACUGGAGGUCCUAGAAACACUGGAAGACCUGGCAGGGAUCCUGUGAGUACUGGAGGUCCUAGGAACACCUGUCAAUGA